AUGUCAUUCUUGGGCGAUUUUCGGGAAGGCAAAACUCUCCAGCUGGACAUUCCCCGCGAUCCACAUCUAUUCCGGAUUAUCCAAAAGUAUUUGAGAGGAUAUACAGUACUUCCUCUGUCCUACAACCAAAUCCCCCUCGACGCAACGCGCGAAUCUAUGAUGGCCAACCUACGGGAAGAUGCCGUCUUUUAUCAACUCGAUGGGUUAGCGUAUGCGAUUGACGCUUUGACGUUACCCUAUGUCGCACUUAUGAAACCCAGCGAGUGGCACUUGGCCUUUCUGGGUACAUAUGUACAUACGAGUGACCAAGAAGAUCCAGGCUAUGAAAAUAGUUGGAGUCGCCAAUUGGAGGGCUGCCCCGAUCGGUUCAGAGCUUAUUCACAGAUACCCGUUCAAUUGUUUGCGUUUGCCAGAUGGAGCAUCGACCUUUGA